UAAUUUUAUAUUGUGAUAAAGACUGAAUCGCUUUUCACGCUUUUUUGAUUCAGAAAGAAAAUUUUGUUAAUUAAUUUAGAUACCUUUCCGCACUGAGUGCUGGAUUGUAUGAAAGUAGGAGAAUCCAGUCCAUCACCCACUUGAACAAAAGCUUGAUUACCAGUGUACGAGGAAAGAUCACAUGCCGUCAUUUGCCUGUUAAAAGUAACGCACGCGACCCUCUGGUUAGGUUUUUCUUGAUCAGAGCUCUGAUUUUUGCUUAUUUUGUUAGCAGCAGCAGCAGCAAGAGGACGAAGAGAUACUUGUGCCGCACUCGGAUUUGGUCGAAGGCCCUCAGCCUAUGGAAGUAGCCCAAGUGGAGCCGGCUUGUACAGUUGAUAGUCAGCCAGUGGAGGAUCCUCCAGCGAUGAAAUUCACUUGGACAAUUGAGAACUUUACUAGGUUGAACACCAAGAAGCACUACUACUCUGACAUGUUCGUUGUUGGCGGCUAUAAAUGGCGGAUACUAAUAUUUCCCAAGGGAAACAAUGUGGACUACUUGUCAAUGUAUUUGGAUGCGGCAGAUUCCAGGACAUUGCCAUAUGGGUGGAGUAGGUGUGCGCAGUUCGGCUUGGCAGUAGUUAAUCAGAUCCAUCCCAAGUACUCAAUAAGAAAGGACACACAACACCAGUUCAAUGCAAGAGAAGGUGACUGGGGAUACACUUCAUUCAUGCUUCUUGGUGAUCUUUAUGACCAGAGUAGGGGAUAUCUGGUGAACGAUACAGUUGUGGUUGAAGCUGAGAUUUCUGUCUGUAAGGUUCUUGAUUAUGGGUCAUAUGACUCGAAAAAGGAAACUGGUUAUGUUGGGCUCAAGAAUCAGGGAGCAAAUGGUUAUAUGAAUUCUCUACUCCGGACUUGGUACCAUAUACCAUACUUCAGAAAGUGUGUGCAUCAUAUGCCGACAACUGAGGAUGACAUGCCUUCAGGAAGCAUCCCUUUGGCACUACAACGUUUAUUCUAUAAACUUCAAUACAGUGAAAGCAGUGUUGCAAGUAAAGAAUUGACCAAGUCUUUUGGUCCCACACAUGAUUUGUUUGUGAAACAUGACCUGCCGGAACUUAAUAGAGUUCUUAUCAAAAAGCUUGAAGAUAAAAUGAAGGGAACUAUUGUGGAGGGUACAAUACAACAGUUAUUUGAAGGACAUUACAGGAAUUACAUUGAAUGCUUCAAUGUGGACUACAAAUCUACAUGGAAAGAAUCAUUUUAUGACCUCCAGCUUGAUGUGAAAGGCUGUCGGGAUGUUUAUGCUUCUUUUAGUAAGUUUUUGGAAGUUAAACGUCUUGAGGGUGACAACAAAUACCACUCCGAAGAACUAGGUUUGCAGGAUGCUAAGAAGGGUGUCCUGUUUAUCGACUUCCCUCCCGUUCUUCAACUUCAGCUAAAGCGAUUUGAAUAUGAUUUUAUGCGGGACACUACGGUUAAGAUAAAUGAUCGCUAUGAAUUUCCUCUUCAACUUGACCUUGAUAGGGAGAAUGGAAAAUAUCUAUCACCUGAAUCAGAUAAGAGUGUUCGCAACCUCUACACUCUUCAUAGUGUCUUGGUUCAUAGUGGUGGGGUUCAUGGUGGACAUUACCAUGCUUUCAUCAGACCAACCCUUUCAGACCAGUGGUACAAGUUUGGUGAUAAAUGUGUGACAAAAGAGGAUGUGAAGAGGGCUUUAGAAGAGCAAUAUGGUGGUGAGGAAGAGACCAAUCCUGACUUCAAUAAUACUCCUUUCAAAUUGACAAGACACUCAGAUGCAUACAUGCUUGUGUAUGUACGGGACAGUGAUAAGGACAAAGUAAUAUGUAAUGUGGAUGAGAAAGACAUAGCCGAACAUCUGAGGAUAAGAUUGAAAAAAGAACAAGAGAAAGAGAAAAAAGAGAGAUUUAAGGAACAAGCACACCACUACACUAUUAUUAAGGUUGGACAAAUUGAAGGGGUAUCAAAUAAAAUGCACAAUGCGGAGCUAAAGUUGUUUUUGGAAGUAGAGUUUGGACCGAUUCUACGUCCUAUUUCUCUGCCUAACAAAACCGAGGAAGAUAUCCUGCUUUUUUUUAAGCUUUAUGAACCUGAGAAACAAGAACUACGUUUUGUUGGCAGGCUUUUUGUGAAGAGUUUUACUAAGCCAGUGGAGAUUUUAGCAAAGUUCAAUCAACUUGCUGGUUUUUCCCUUGAUGAAGAAAUUGAAAUUUAUGAGGAAAUAAGGUUUAAGCCUUCUGUCAUGUGCCAACGCCUUGACAAGAUGACCUCAUUUCAGUCGAGCCAGAUUGAAGAUGGGGACAUUAUAUGCUUUCAGAAAUCUACUCCGCUUGAAAUUGACGAAGGAUGUAAAUACCCUGAUGUUCCUUCAUUUUUGGACUAUGUGCACAAUCGCCGGAUUGUUCAUUUCCAUUCUUUGGAGAAACCGACGGUGGAGGAUUUUUGUUUAGAAUUGUCAAAGCUACACACUUAUGAUGAUGUGGUGGAAAAAUUAGCUCACCACAUUGGUUUGGAGGAUCCUACCAAAAUCAGACUCACUGCACAUAACUGCUAUUCUCAACAACCUAGGGCCCAACCCAUCAAAUAUCGGGGAGUAGAGCAUUUAACAGAAAUGUUAACUCAUUACAAUCAAACCUCUGAUAUUUUGUACUAUGAAGUCUUUGAAAUUACCCUGCCAGAAUUGCAAGAUCUGAAACAUCUAAAAGUUGCUUUUCAUCAUGCUACAAAAGAUGAGGUGGAGAUUCACAGUAUUAGAUUGCCUAAACAGAGCAUUGUUGGGGAUGUGAUUAAUGUACUUAAAACGAAGGUAGAGUUGUCUCAUCCAAAUGCAGAACUGCGACUGCUUGAGGUUUUCGAUCACAAGAUCUACAAGAUCUUCCCAAACAGUGAGAAAAUUGAGAAUAUUAAUAACCAGUACUGGACUUUGCGUGCAGAGGAGAUUCCAGAAGAAGAGAAAAACUUGGGUCUCUAUCGUCGCUUGAUUCAUGUUUUCCACUUCACGGUUACUGUAUUGAACCAGAUGGUAGAUCAAGUACAAAAUUUUGGGGAACCUUUCGUAUUGGUUAUCCAUGAAGGGGAAACUUUAGCUGAAGUUAAAAUAAGGAUACAAAAGAAAUUGCAAGUCCCGGAUGAGGAGUUCUCAAAGUGGAAGUUUGCAUUCUUGUCACUUGGUCGUCCAGAGUACCUGCGGGAUUCUGACAUUGUUUCCAGCCGAUUUCAGAGAAGAGAUGUUUAUGGUGCAUGGGAGCAGUACCUUGGGUUGGAGCACUCUGAUAAAGCUCCUAAGAGGGCUCACGCAGCAAAUCAAGCUGCCCAAGUAACCUUAGAGUCCAUGGCGUCUAAUGUUGGCCAUGAGACAGCAAGCAGAGAAAUUGAAAUGCAAAAUGAUGACCUGGAUGGCCCUGCUUCUCCAGCAGUUGAUCGAACUCUGAGAAGACUUUCUGCUGCAGAGGAUCUAUUGAAGUCCACUUCAGCCAGAGGACCAUCAGUAGAGACUUUGGCUGCAUUAGACACUGUGAGCCGUUAUGCAAGGAGCAGCCUAGACACACUCUGCACGAAUGGGGCUUAUGAGGAGUUCAAAGCAGCCUUGAAACUUGUGACUGAACAAGGGAUGAUCCCUUCAACGAUCACUUCCAUGUUCAAGGAUCUUCUUUCGUCUUUGGAUGGUGAAAUGCUGAAGUACGUGGCCGCAGUAAAAGAGCUUACCCAAGCUGAAGAUUUUCGAGUCGAACACGAAGGGAUAGAAGUUCAAAUGGGACUGGCCAUGCAGAAAUGCCAAGAGAGGAAAUACAUUGUGGCCAAUUAUGAUGCCAAGGUUACAGAACUUGAGGCUGAACUGGUCCGAGUAAAGGCAGAACGAGCUGAGGCAAUGGCGAAUCUAGAAACUGCUGUGGAUGAAAUGGAACCUCUUAAGCAGAGGUUUGCAGAUAGCUCAUUAAAAUCUGAAAACUUGAUUGUGAGGCAGGCUACCUUGACAUUGCAAAAGUGUAGUUCUGUUGGAACCUGGGCCGUCCUACAAGAUGCACUGAAGAAGUACUUUAAGUUUUAGAAAUAUUUUCCUUUGUGAAUAAGCCCUUUCUUGGUCCAAAAGUUUGUAUGAACAUGCAAAGAAAUGAACACGUCGUGCAAAAUUCAGGUAACUUGUUUCCUCACAUUGUUCGAGUCUGAAUGGGAAGGAAGAUGAUUGUGCUGA